AUGGGUUCCUCCAGCGAGUUUCAGGGCAUCUCUACCCUGUCUACUAAAGACCAGAUCCUCUUCACGCGGUUCGCGUCUGGUCCUACUGCCAUUGUUCCGCACAAUGUUGUACACAAAGCCUUCGAACACCAGGUGGAUGAACAUCCUUCUUUGAUUGCAGCAAGACAUAACGGAACCAACAUCACAUACGCCGAUCUUGACGUGGAGGCCAAUCGAUUGGCCAACUACCUGAUCGGAUGCGGCUUAAAGCCCAGGCAACGAGUGUGUUUGGUGGUGCAACGUUCAUUUGAGAUGCUUGUGGGCAUUUUUGCCAUCUUGAAAUGUGGAUGCCAAUACGUGCCCAUGGAUGGAGGGGUCGUAUCAGAAGAAGCACUGCAGCACACUUUGCGCGAUACGAGCGCAUCUUUCGUUCUUGCUUUGCCGAAGUUCGAAGACAAGGUCAACCGCUGCGUACCACAAGAAGCUCGGAUUGUAUGUCUGGGAACCAACGAGGAAGUAUCGGCUGCACGCCAUCGACCUGCGGUGUCGAUUUCAGCCGCCGAUGGGGCUUACGCCAUCUACACGUCAGGUAGCACUGGCAAACCCAAAGGUGUUGAUGUAUCUCAUGGAAAUGUCACCAAUGCGCUGCUGCUCGACCCAGGGAAGCUAGGGAUUGCGCCUGGAACUAAGGUUGGCCAGGUCCUCAAUGUAUCUUUCGACAUGGGUAAGCCUCUAGACUCGGCAUAA